UGGCCCCACCCUGGCCCUCUUGGCCGGGAACGGCCCGGCGAAGGAAGGACGGGGAGUGUGUCGAGGACUAGGGCAGGAAGGCUCAGCCGUCCGCCAGGAACUGGGGAAGGAGGGAAAAGAGCUGAGCGGAGGCAGCGCUGCCCUCGCUCUCACAGAGCGACUGGGGCCGCCAGGGACUGGUGGCGAAGGGGCCCCGAGAACCCCCAGCUGCGAGAUGCUCCACGCCCUGGGCAGCUGGAGGAGCAACUGUGCGUGCGCUGCGGAGGGCCGCCGAAUCAUGUCGAUGAGCCCAAAGCAUACGACUCCUUUCUCAGUGUCUGACAUCUUGAGUCCUUUGGAGGAAAGCUACAAGAAAGUGGGCAUGGAGGGCAGUAACUUGGGGGCUCCCCUGUCAGCCUACAGACAGUCUCAGGUUUCUCAGCCGGCCAUGCAGCAGCACCCCAUGGGCCACAACGGAACAGUGACUGCCGCCUACCAUAUGACAGCGGCAGGGGUCCCCCAGCUCUCCCAUGCUACGAUGGGGGGCUAUUGCAAUGGGAACCUGGGCAACAUGAGCGAGCUGCCGCCUUACCAGGACACCAUGAGGAACAGCGCUUCGGCGACAGGAUGGUACGGUACCAACCCGGAUCCCCGCUUUUCCUCAAUCUCCCGCUUCAUGGCGCCGUCCUCGGGCAUGAACAUGGGAGGCAUGGGCAGCCUCGGCUCCCUGGGAGACGUGAGCAAGAGCAUGGCCCCGCUCCAGAGCACGCCGCGGAGGAAACGGAGGGUCCUUUUUUCGCAGGCCCAGGUUUACGAGCUGGAGAGACGUUUCAAGCAGCAAAAAUACCUCUCCGCCCCGGAGAGGGAACAUUUAGCCAGCAUGAUACAUCUCACCCCGACUCAGGUCAAAAUCUGGUUCCAGAACCACCGCUACAAGAUGAAACGCCAGGCCAAAGACAAGGCUGCGCAGCAGCAGAUGCAACAGGAGAACGGCUCCUGCCAGCAGCAGCAGUCUCCCAGAAGGGUGGCAGUGCCAGUGCUUGUGAAGGAUGGCAAGCCCUGCCAAGCAGGCUCCAACACACCCACAGCAGCUAUCCAGAGCCAUCAGCAGCAGGCAGCUACAACGAUCACAGUGGCUACCAAUGGCAACAGCCUCGGACAGCAUCAGAGCCACCAGACAAACAGUGCGGGGCAGUCUCCAGACAUGGGACAGCACUCGGCCAGCCCUUCCUCUCUGCAGAGCCAAGUCUCCAGUUUGUCUCACCUGAACUCUUCUACUUCUGACUAUGGCACUGCCAUGUCUUGCUCCACCUUGCUAUACGGUAGGACCUGGUAAAAGGAUUAAACAAAGAAAAAGAAAAAAAAAAAAAAGCAAAAAGAAAAAAGACAAAAAAAAAGCAGAUUUUCCCAGUUACACAAAUCUCUGUCCUCUCCAAACUACUGUGUGCUUUUCUUCUUCUUUUUUUUUUUUUUUUUUUUUUUUUUUUUUUAAUGUUCUUCUCCCUUUCCCUCGUUUUACUGAGUGGUCUCUGCGGACCCCUAAGAGAGAGAGAGACACUUUUUUGUUCCAUUUUGUUGUUACUGUUGAUGGGUUUGGGUCUUUAUUCCCCCCCCCCCCCCCCCCAAGUUGUCCUGUGGGGUGUAUAAAAUUAUUCUGACUAAUAACCAUGGAGCAGUCUGCAGAAAGGGGACCAUCUUUAGGCAUGGUCUGAAGACUUGGAUAUCAGAUGUACACUUUGCCAGCGUCUAGGACUUGCAUGUAAAUACAGAGAUUUUGGGGGAUGGGGUGGUUUUCCCCCCAAAAAAAACGCAUUCGCGUCACCCAGACACAAGAAGCAGCUUCCCCCUCCCCGGUCUCUCCCAGCCCACUGCCAGGGCCAGCGGAUGGAGACGUGGAGUCAUCAAAGGCUUGGCUUUUAUUUUCCUCCUUACGUUUGAUGUGAACCUGUAGCUGUAUAAUGCUGUCAAAAGUUGGACUAAACCCAUAGUUUUUAGUAGCCUGUAUAUUUUGUUGUAAAAAGAAAAGGAAAAAAAUACAAUCAACCAAACCAACCCCCACCUUUUUUAUGGACUCUGAUCGCCCCGUCGUAAAUCCUCUGGCAGUUUGUUAUUUGCGCACGCCGCCUUUUCCUGUUGUAACUUAUGUAGAUAUUUGGCUUAAAUAUAGUCCUCAGAAGCUUCUAAUAAAUUAUACACAUUACGAAUA